AUGUUUAUUUGUGUGGUGUUCUGGUUCGGUGAUCUGAACUUCCGAAUCGAAGGUUAUGACAUUCACGUGGUGAAAAGUGCAAUUGAGAAUGACAAACUGCCUCUACUGUGGGAGAAAGAUCAGCUCAACAUGGCGAAAAAAAGUGAAGCCGUUCUGGAGGGGUUUAUGGAGGGCCCCCUCAAUUUCCCGCCAACCUACAAGUUUGAUGUGGGGACACAUACUUAUGACACGAGUGCAAAAAAGAGGAAGCCUGCAUGGACGGAUCGCAUCUUGUGGCGUCUGCGCAGGACGGGCUCCCCCGUGCCGUCCCAUAAUUCUGCACUACAGUGGGGUUUGACCUCAUGGCUGGGCGGCGCUACCAGAGUUUCCCAGCACUACUACCACAGUCAUAUGGGCUUCACUAUUAGUGAUCACAAGCCGGUGUCCGCUCUCUUCUCUUUGCAUUUUCCCUUUAAGGUGAACUUACCAUUAGUGACACUGGAAGUGGAGAAAGAAUGGACCAAGUUCUCUGAUGCUACAGCCAAACUCACAGUUGUACACGGCUUUCAGAGGAGUUCAUGGGACUGGGUGGGACUGUACAAGGUGGGAUUUAAGCACCACAAGGAUUACGCUGCAUAUGUGUGGGCCAAAUCUGAGCAUUCGACACAGGUGAUGUUUCCUGAGGAGGAUCUGCCUAGAGACCCAGGAGAAUAUAUUCUGGGAUAUUACAGUAACAACACCAACAGCAUCGUGGGAGUGACAGAACCAUUUCAGGUGCAGCUGCCCAUGUCCACGCCGCCGGCACCAGCGUGUCGUACGCACUCUGAGAGUUCUGAUGUCAGUUCUGAAGACGACAGUACGCUGGUCCUGUUGGCCCCCAUCUCUCGUAGCCCCAGCAUGUAUUCUGACAAAAAUGAGGAAAAUGCCAAGAACAGCAUUUUCGCAAGUGCUCUCAAACUUUUGGACCCCAGAGCACAUCUGAGGUUAUGGAUCGACAAACUCAACGACCUCUGA